AUGGAGAUAUGCGACCAAAAACCGUCGCAACUUCUUCGCCGUAUGCGCGAUCUAGGACGGGAGAAAUACCUGACUGAUGUAUCGACAUUAAGGAUUCUGUGGCAGAGUCAUCUUCCCACUUCUGUGCGAGCCGUGCUAGCCGUAUCGGAAACAAAGGAUAUGGAUAAUCUGGCCACUGUGGCCGACAAAAUCAUGGAGACUUCGCAACAGUCACAGAUUUCUGAGUUUUCCUCGCCUCAACCAAUACGGAGAAACUCACAACAGGUCUUAGACCCAGAGACUUACGACAGUGGAAACACUUCCACAGAGACGUUGUGUCAAAAUGAUGAACAGCUGUGGAAGGACCAGGAUAACGAGAGCCCCAAUUGUAAUCAAUCCGGGUGGUGCUACGGGUCUGAUAUAAAUGUGAACUUCGACACAGGCGUGAAGAAAAGAUUGAACAGACAUGAUGAAGCGGUUUCUGACAUAAAACCUGCUCUUUUGAAUAUGUCACAAGAGAGUGAUCUUGAGAAAGACAAACCACGUCGCAAGUUCCUCUCUUUUCUCUCAUCUCUUGGCGUAAGAGACGGAGUAACGUGCAGUACCUGCAGCACCUGGAGAACGUUCUGA